AUGGCUCAGAUCGUUCGUCAGCUUGUCUACGAUGCCCAAUUCCUUCAACAUGGCCCCGUGGACAAGAUUAGCGUCCGCAACCUCGAUGUCACAGUCAACGCCGGAGUCGACGUAUGGGGGCGCCAAAGGAAACAGAGAGCUUUUGUCACGGUCACGCUAAAUCUAGCGAAGCCGUUCGACUCUGCCGCAGAAGCAGAUGCUCUUGACCGGAGCACAGUGCAUUACGGGAAGCUGAGCAAACAGCUUCAAAGCUCGCUGCAGAACGAACUCAGUCCUUGGGUUUCUACGUGGGACUUGGCGGGCUCUGUCCGAACUCUAGCACUCCAGGUGGCCGGCCAAACGCCCAUCUUAUCGACUGAUGUUGAUGUCUUCUACCAAAAAGGCAGCAUGCUCGGGGACGGUGCAGGGCUGUCGUCCUCCGUCUAUGUCGAAGAUGUCGUACUCACCUCAAAAGUACUCUAUCUACGCAAUCUUAAGAUACCCUGUCUCAUCGGCGUCAACUCCAACGAAAGACUGCAGAAGCAACCUGUCGUCGUCAACCUAUGGGUCGAAUGUCUGCCGGCCAGCCGCGGCGAUGAUUACGCUAAACUAGAGACGGCGGUCGUUAAUGCCAUUACGAACUCGUCGUUCGAGACAAUUGAGUCUCUCUCGACUAUGGUUGUAAGGGAGCUCCGCGAAAAGUUCUUCACCAAAGACGAGGACAAGGGAGCCUAUAUCAGACUUCGGGUCGAAAAGCCCUUGGCGGUGCCCUUCGCAGAUGCGCCAGCUAUCGAGAUAAUGCGUCCGGUAAAGGGGUAG